AAUUAAAGCUUACAUUUCUCCGCCUCAGAUCUUUGCCGCAGGUGCACGCCCCUACCGUCUCGCCGCUGUGAUUUUUUUUCUUCUCUCCGUCGCAACCUCACGCCAAUCCCGUCUUCUUCCGCCGCCCCUCCACCUGAUUCAAUCUCUCCGUCGAGGGUCCAUCUCAAUUCUAACCCGAUCUUUCCCUCUUUCGACCAGCCCACAUUUUCCUUCCUCUUCAAUUGCGAUCUGUCUGAACGAACAAUGCUUGGCCUCCCUCAAUCUCGAACACACGAGACGGUGUUUGAAGGAGUUAAUGUUUGAAAAGAGAGCAGAAAUAACAGGUCAUUUGGUUUGCAAUGGAUUCUAGCACCAAUGAAGGCAGCUAUAACACUCAACCUAAGUGGAGAAAAGUGGCAUAUGGAGGUAUGCAACCCGGGUUCGAUGACAACCACACCGACGAGUCUUUUCUUGAAGAUAUCGUCAUGAAUGCCAAUGUCGUCAAGAGAGAUAUCCUAAAGGUGAUGUUGGACUCUGUUUCCAUUUCUGAAUAUCUAUGCAUCGUCGCCCUUGUCGGUCUGGUUUGGACAUACACACUUAGAUCGACUCUCGACGAGAAUUCCCUCUUAUUUCUUGACAUUAGUCUUCUAGCUUCUGGAUUUCUAAUUCUUCUUUUCACUGAAGAAACACUCUCAUUGAACCUUCUCCUCCACUAUUUUCUCAAUAUAUCAUUUUUCACAACUGGGUUGUAUGUCUUGGCUCCCAUCUACCAAACUCUUACUAAAUCCAUUAGUUCAGAUUCCAUUUGGGCAUUGACUGUUUCACUUAUUAUCCUCCAUCUCUUCCUACAUGACUACUCAGGUUCCACUGUUAGAGCUCCUGGUAAUCUUAAGAACCCAAGCUUAACCAGUUGCAUUUCUUUAAAUGCUUCUAUUGUGGCCUCUGUUCUUAUCGCUUCACGUCUUCCAUCUCGGUUACACGUGUUCGCCAUAAUGUUAUUCUCCUUACAAAUUUUCCUUUUUGCCCCUUUGGUUACUUACUCUAUUAAGAAGUACUCUGUUCAUCUGCAUCUCUUAUUCUCUCUCUGUUUGAUGACAGUCACCUUGGUGUAUGUUUAUUUCCUACAUCAGUUGUUUUUCAUAUUGUUGGCAAGUCUAUUGAUUUUUGUUACAGUAGUUUGUCCUUAUUGGCUUAUACGAAUUCAGGAAUUCAAGUUUGAGAUCAAUGGUCCCUGGGAUGAGGCCAAGCUUUGUUUUGAUAUUAGAGAUUGAGAUUAUGUAUAGAAAGGGUAGCGGAAACACGAGUUUCUAAUAUUAAGAACUAGAGAAAAGACUAGUUCGAUCGAUGUAGAAUUGUAUUUUGAAUGGUUAUAGUUAGAAAUACAUGAGUUUCGAAUUCGAUUCAUCUUA